CCCUUUCCCUUCUCUUCUGUAACCCCCAUUGGCCCAUUACUCCCCCCAUUAACUCCCCAUUCAUCACUUAUCACUUAUCAAGUACACACGGUAUAAACCGCAUGUUCUGAACUGAACUGGGUUUCUCUCACAUUCUUCAUCACUCUGUCUCUGCCGUUUUCUCUCCUUCAUUCAGAAACCCAUCAAGAUUGUGGAGCCGAUUGCUUCGUAUUUGAGCAGAUGGGUGAUGCAAGAUUAGCGCAGUGGUUGAAUCUUCUAGUAUGUUCAGUGAUAAUGAUGAAAGCAACGGGAGUUCCUAUCGGAAUCACUAUCCUUAAGACUGCGGUCGCCAGAGGAGCUGUUUGUUUGGAUGGAAGCCCCCCAGCUUACCAUUGGGAUAAGGGGUUUGGUUCAGGAGUUAACAAUUGGUUGGUUCACAUUGAGGGAGGAGGAUGGUGUAACAAUGUCACAAAUUGCCUUGGCCGUAAGAACACUCGUUUAGGUUCAUCAAAGAAAAUGCUGAAGGAAAUUCCUUUUUCUGGAAUUCUAAGCAACAGGCAAUCACUUAAUCCAGGCUUUUACAAUUGGAAUAGAAUCAAAGUCAGGUACUGCGAUGGGUCAUCAUUCACUGGAGAUGUUGAAGCAGUACACCCAGCUACUGGUCUUUACUUCAGAGGAGCUAGGGUUUUUCGAGCCGUUAUUGCUGAUUUAUUAGCAAAAGGAAUGGGGAAAGCUGAAAAUGCUGUCCUCUCCGGUUGUUCUGCUGGUGGAUUGGCCACCAUUCUUCAUUGUGAUAACUUCCGUGCUCUCUUACCUUCCGGAACCAUUGUGAAAUGUGUUUCAGAUGCUGGUUACUUUAUUAAUGUAAAGGACAUUUCUGGAGCACAACACAUUCAACAGUAUUUUGCUGAUGUUGUUACAACACAUGGUUCUGCGAAGAAUUUGCCUCCAUCUUGCACUUCAAAAUUGAGACCAGAUUUGUGUUUCUUCCCUCAAUAUGUGGUACCACAGAUUCGGACACCAAUAUUCUAUGUAAAUGCAGCCUAUGAUUCAUGGCAGAUAAGGAACAUUUUGGUACCAGGUGUUGCGGAUCCUCAUGGAACUUGGCGAAACUGCAAGCUCAAUAUAAGGAACUGCUCACCCGCUCAGCUCAAAACCAUUCAAAGCUUCAGGUUGCAAUUUUUAACUGCAAUUGGUGGUGUGAGCAACUCUGCAGUAAAGGGAAUGUUCAUAGACUCUUGCUAUCUACACUGUCAAACUGAAAUGCAGGAGACUUGGUUAAUGCCUAAUUCUCCACUCCUUAACAAAAUGACAAUUGCAGGGGCAGUUAGAGACUGGUUUUAUGACCGAACUCCAUUCCAAAAGAUAGACUGUCCUUACUCUUGCAAUCCCACUUGCCAUGCUCCGAUGUUUGAUCCAAAUGUGCACUUGGAAUGACUGUUGUGACAAAUAUGUACCAUUUUUAUAGGUCAGGUUCCUUCAUAGAACAAAUUAUUUAUAUAGAUUAAGUAAAAAAAAUGUGAUAAGUCAAAGUGAUUGAUCAAAAUAAAAAAGCUCACCACUGCACAAAAACUAGUGUGCUGGGUGCUUUCCCUCAUUGUUUAUGUAAUUCGUCAUAUAUCUCAAUUAAAUCCACAUUAUUCUUCCAUCUUUUGAUUCUAAGGUGGGGCAUAUAUAUCUUGUACUGAAAACUCAAUGAUUUGGCGACAAUGUAUUUCUAUUUAUUCAUCA